CGGGGGAAGGGCUCCGGCGACUUAAGGGGAGGGAAUGCUCCUCUGCUGUGCUCACCGCGUGCUGGGGCUGCGGGGGGCUAGGUAUGGUCGGGCUGUUUUCCCACUCUCCCCUCCUCGGGCAGUGUCGCCGUCCAGCCUGGUUGUUGAAGCGUCCCCGUGGUCCCCCGGGGUCCAGGCCCCUUUGUGGAGGCAGCUACUGGCCCCCAGCCCAUGGGACCGUAGUCGUGGAGGCCUCUGCAGAGGCGCAGGCUGGAAGCGGUGGCCUUUGAGGGGGGCGGCAGGAGAGAGUACCGACCUCCCUCGAACUCCUGGCAGAGAGAGCUGGCGGUCACCAUGGCAAUGCGGGAGCUGGUGGAGGCCGAAUGCGGGGGUGCCAACCCGCUCAUGAAGCUAGCCGGGCACUUCACCCAGGACAAGGCCCUUCGGCAGGAGGGAUUGAGGCCUGGCCCCUGGCCCCCCGGAGCCCCAGCCUCUGAGGCAGUGAGUGUUCUUGAGGUGGAAAGCCCAGGUGCAGCCUCUGAGGCAGCCUCCAAGCCUUUGGGAGUAGCUUCUGAAGAUGAGUUGGUGGCUGAAUUCCUGCAGGACCAGAAUGCACCCCUUGUGUCCCGUGCCCCUCAGACCUUCAAGAUGGAUGACCUCCUGGCUGAGAUGCAGCAGAUUGAGCAGUCAAACUUCCGCCAGGCUCCCCAGAGAGCCCCUGGUGUGGCAGACUUGGCCUUGUCUGAGAACUGGGCCCAGGAGUUUCUUGCAGCUGGAGAUGCUGUGGAUGUAACUCAGGAUUAUAAUGAGACUGACUGGUCCCAAGAAUUCAUCUCUGAAGUUACAGACCCCUUGUCUGUGUCCCCUGCCCGCUGGGCUGAGGAAUAUUUGGAGCAAUCAGAGGAGAAGCUGUGGCUGGGAGAACCUGAGGGAACAGCCACCGAUCGCUGGUAUGAUGAAUAUCAUCCUGAGGAGGAUCUGCAGCACACAGCCAGUGACUUUGUGGCCAAAGUGGAUGACCCCAAAUUGGCUAAUUCUGAGUUCCUGAAAUUCGUGCGGCAGAUUGGCGAAGGGCAGGUGUCCCUGGAGUCCGGUGCAGGGUCGGGCCGAGCUCAGGCAGAACAGUGGGCAGCAGAGUUUAUACAGCAGCAGGGUACAUCAGAUGCCUGGGUUGACCAGUUCACAAGACCAGUAAACACAUCUGCCCUUGAUAUGGAGUUUGAACGAGCCAAGUCAGCUAUAGAGUCUGAUGUCGAUUUCUGGGACAAGUUGCAGGCAGAGUUGGAGGAGAUGGCAAAACGGGAUGCUGAGGCCCACCCCUGGCUUUCUGACUAUGAUGACCUUACGUCAGCUACCUAUGAUAAGGGGUACCAGUUUGAGGAGGAGAACCCCUUGCGUGAUCACCCUCAGCCUUUUGAAGAAGGGCUGCGGCGCCUUCAGGAGGGGGACCUGCCAAAUGCUGUGCUGCUUUUUGAGGCAGCUGUGCAGCAGGAUCCUAAGCACAUGGAAGCUUGGCAGUAUCUGGGUACCACCCAGGCAGAGAAUGAACAAGAACUAUUAGCCAUCAGUGCAUUGCGGAGGUGUCUGGAGCUAAAGCCAGAUAACCAGACAGCACUGAUGGCGCUGGCUGUGAGCUUCACCAACGAGUCCCUGCAGCGACAGGCCUGUGAAACCCUACGAGACUGGCUGCGGUACACACCAGCCUAUGCCCAUCUGGUGACACCUGCUGAAGAAGGGGCUGGUGGGGCAGGACUGGGCCCCAGCAAGCGUAUCCUGGGAUCUCUCUUGUCUGACUCCCUGUUUCUUGAAGUGAAAGAGCUCUUCCUGGCAGCUGUGCGGCUGGACCCUACCUCCAUUGACCCUGAUGUGCAGUGUGGCUUGGGAGUCCUUUUCAACCUGAGUGGGGAGUAUGACAAGGCCGUGGACUGCUUCACAGCUGCCCUCAGCGUUCGUCCCAAUGACUAUUUGCUGUGGAAUAAGCUAGGCGCCACCCUGGCCAAUGGAAACCAGAGUGAAGAAGCAGUAGCUGCGUACCGCCGGGCCCUCGAGCUCCAGCCUGGCUAUAUCCGGUCCCGCUAUAACCUGGGCAUCAGCUGCAUCAACCUCGGGGCUCACCGGGAGGCUGUGGAGCACUUUCUGGAGGCCCUGAACAUGCAGAGGAAAAGCCGGGGCCCCCGGGGUGAAGGAGGUGCUAUGUCGGAGAACAUCUGGAGCACCCUGCGUUUGGCAUUGUCUAUGUUGGGCCAGAGCGAUGCCUAUGGGGCAGCCGACGCGCGGGAUCUGUCCACCCUCCUAACUAUGUUUGGCCUGCCCCAGUGACAGUGGGACGGGCUGCCCUGUGAGUGUCCACCUGGAGGGAUCCCCGCUUUGGAUGUGAUUCCCUCUCCCCAAAUGGGCCUACCAAGGGGGUGGGCUGAUGACCAUAAGCGGUACGGCCUUUCAGGAGCUGCCUCAACGUAAGGGUGGGUAGUCUGUGUUCUAGUUCCUACAUAAUUGUAGGAAAAUGAGCUGUGUCAUCUCUGAGUCCCUUGGUAAUUCAAGGGCUGUACAUCCAGCUACAGAUCUCUCUGCUCAUCAUGCCCUUUCUUGGUGCUGCUUUUUGGGUAGGACCCAACGAUUUAGGGUAACUGUUAUCAUCAGCUGCCAUUUCUGAUAGGGUCUACCACAUCUGUAAUGUCUGUCCUUUCCCCCACUUUUACUGGGAAUUGAUAGUCCAGCUUCCUUGGGCAGUGUAAGUAGGAGGUUCAUCUGCUGUGCGCCUCUAAUGUCUGUCUGGAUGGGAUGUGUUAGGAGUUGGCCUGUUGGGUUGAAUUGUUGAUUUGGCUGAGCAGAGCUGAGUUUUGGUAGGAGUGCUCAUGGUUCUGUCAUUCUUGGACCUCUCCUGGCUGAGCUCUGAUUCCCUGUGAGCACGAUGCUGAUGCAAUAGUCCUGUGUCAUCACUGCAGAGGUCCUCAGGAGCUGCCAGGGCCAAUUGCUACAGAGUGUCUGGGUGUGUGGCAUAGGAGGAAGGUUUGCUUGUGAAAUGAGGCUGGGUGGGAGCGGGGAGGGACUAGAUCAGAAGAGAUCAAGGGCUCUAUUCAGGAACGUUGGUGGGAGGACAGAGCAAGUGGGAAGGGGGUAUGGUGAGUGCGGCAAUCCCUCAUCCUCUUAGAAGCACCUGUGAAUGGGAAUUGAGCCAACUGUUAUAGAAAAUUGAUUCAGAAAGUGCAAUCUUGCCAGAUUUCUAGCAAAUAGGUUCAGUGUUACCAUAAGCCUUUGCUGUACUUCUUGAAAUGUUUCUAGGGGAGAGCAUUGGAAAAUCCCGAAAAUCCCCUUCCCCCAUCUAGAUCGAAGGAAGAUGAGGGAGCAGCUUGGAUUCUUCUCAGUUGUCCCCUGCAUGGGGAGAUACACUAACCCCCAGAAAUGACUGCUAAGCCUCUUGCCUUGUCUUUAGUAGCUAAUGAUCAGAGAGAUUUUUUUUUUAAACUACCAUGGUCCCAGGUUUCCAUCCUGAAAUUUAUUUUUCUUUGUAUGAAUAUGUGUAAAUGAUUUAAAAAUAAAACUGUAAAAUAUUUGUAUGAAGAAUAAA